GGUGAGAGUCUAAGUGGUGAGGAGUGAAACUGUCAGUGUCACCCGAUUGUACAUCUAUCACCAUGGUGGACACGCGUAGCGGUACGAGCACCACCCCAUAUACAAAAGAGCAGGAAGAGAGUGCCACCGCCAUAUUGAAAGAAAGAAAGGAGAAGAAGGAGGCCAAGAAGCAGACCUUGUUGGAAGCGGAGGCGGCGAAGAAGAAGAAGGUUGAAGAAGAAAUGGAGAAGUUGAAGAGAGAAGAAGAGGAGAAGCUUAGAGAAGCAGAAGAAGAAGAAGAAGAAGAAGAAGAAGAAGAAGAAGAAGAAGAAGAAGAAGAGAUACCCCUGGUAAGGACUGUGUGGAGAGAGGACAUAGGGGAAUCCAAUAGGGUUAGUGAAGAUGAGAAGAAACUGAAGAAGAUGGUGUCGGAAUGGGUGGCUAACUUAUCUCUGGGGGAAGAUGGAAAAGUGUUGAUGUACAUCCCCCAGGACGAGAGGGAUACUGCUGUGGCAGAGAUAAAGGCCCUGACAGUUCCGCUAGAGCAGCAGGCCCUAGAAGAGGAUAAAAGAAUGGAGUGAAAAUUGCGACGGAGGAGGCAGAGAAUGAGGCACGUAGCGGCGACCACUUGGUUAG